AUGGGUAUUCUUCAAACGGUCUUCAAGGCCGACGACGAGAUCCAGGGCUCGAAGUUUCGGGCCAUUUUCGUCGGGCUAUUCGUCGCCUUUGGCGGUAUCCUCUUCGGAUACGACACUGGUACGAUUUCCGGUGUGCUGGCGAUGGGAUACGUGAAAGAACACUUUACGUCCUCGGGCCAUUUUUCAGCAAACCAAACGUCUUUGAUAACGGCUAUUCUUUCUGCUGGUACUUUCUGUGGUGCAAUGCUUGCUCCCUUAGCUUCGGAUAAUUUGGGCCGCAGAUACGGGCUCAUCGUUUCGUGUAUUAUUUUCACAAUUGGUGUGGUGCUCCAAGUAGCAGCUUCUGGUCAAACGCUAUUGAUUGUCGGAAGAGUCAUUGCAGGCGCUGGUGUUGGUGUUUUAUCCGCUAUCGUGCCAUUGUACCAAGCAGAGGCUUCUCCCAAAUGGAUCAGAGGUGCUGUCACGUCUUGCUACCAGUGGGCUAUCACGAUCGGAUUGCUACUCGCAGCGUGUGUGAACCAAGGCACUCACGCAAGAAACGACUCUGGCUCUUACAGAAUUCCCAUCGCAAUCCAGUUUUUAUGGGCUAUUAUCUUGUUCGUUGGUAUGAUCAUUUUGCCCGAAUCGCCCAGAUUCUACAUCAUGAAGGGCAAAGUCGCUGAAGCCAGAACCGCGUUGUCUAAACUAAGGGGCUUACCAGAGCAUCACGAAUACGUGGAAGCGGAACUUGAAGAAAUCGUCGCUAACUACAAUUACGAGAGUUCCUUUGGUUCUACUUCGCUCCUCGACUGCUUUAAGACCGCAAACCACCAAUUGAAACGUAUUCUCACCGGGAUUGCCAUCCAAGCGCUUCAACAACUCACAGGUAUCAACUUCAUUUUCUACUACGGUACCCAGUUUUUCCAAAAUUCGGGUAUCAAAAACCCAUUCAUUAUUCAGUUGAUCAUGAAUGUUGUCAACGUUGUUAUGACCGUCCCUGGUAUUGCCUUGGUGGAAAUCAGUGGUAGAAGAAAUCUUCUACUUUAUGGUGCCGUGGGAAUGUGUGUGAGUGAACUUAUUGUUGCAGCUGUUGGCACCGCCCUUCCAGAUAGCUUUUCUGCCAACAAGACAUUAAUCGCUUUCUCCUGCACCUUUAUUGCGUCUUUUGCAGCUACCUGGGGCCCUCUUGCCUGGGUUGUCGUUGGUGAAAUCUUUCCAUUGAGAGUCAGAGCCAAAUCAGUUGCCGUUUGUGCUGCCUCAAAUUGGCUAUUCAAUUUUGCAAUUGCAUAUGCUACCCCAUAUUUGGUGGACAGCGACCAUGCAAACCUACAGUCCAAAGUUUUCUUCAUCUGGGGCGGUUGCACAUUCCUGUGCUUCUUGUUCGUAUACUUUUUCAUCUACGAGACCAAGGGUCUCACGCUAGAACAGAUUGACGAAUUGUUCGAGACUUGCCCAAGUGCUCGUCACUCCAAGAACUUUGUUCCUUCUGAAGGAUUUGCUGCUCAUAUUGACAACUCCACUCCUGACGUGGACAAGGCAAUGGUUGUCACUCUCGAAAAAGUUUAG